CUCAACCUCGAGUCGUACCGUUCAUGUUAGUUCCUAGGAUGACUAGGUAUUUAUUGGAUGAGAUGAAGUUUUCGGCACAGACAAGCUAAAACAACAAUUUUUCACGUGGUCAUUUUUAUCAAAAGGACUCGAGAAAUGUAGUUGUAGUUUUUUGCUUAAUCAAGAUUCCAGACUCUUAUGACUAAGUACUUGUGGGUAGUGUACAAUUUCUUUUUUCUUUUCUUCUUUUGGCUUUGCUGGUUCAGAUACCCGGUCCAGACCCUUGGCAGGUCACAAAGUGGAAAAGGGCAAGCUGAGAAAGAGCGCAAGGCAUUUCACACACUGCCAAGUGCGGAACACAGUCAUGUCCGACCGAGUGUGGGAUUUUUUGACUACCGCCGACGAGAAAACCCCACUGAACACCCAGAUCCCCACUUGCCGAGCCAAAAAGGAGGUUUCGGCCGACCAGCGGACGUUUGGACAUGCAACCCAACCAACGGCGACGCAAGGAACACGAACGCUUGUUGGAAAAUAA